AUGCUGCGGAAUGCGCCCAUGUUCAAACGACUGGAAGCUGAUUAUCAUUCGCUCAUUUCAUCCCCCUCCUUCCCUGUCCCUUCCUCCCCUCCCGCAACCCCCCGUUUUUGCAGCUUCGUCAUCAUCCCUGACAUGCUGCGGAAUGCGCCCAUGUUCAAACGACUGGAAGCCAAGCUCAAGGGCAAGGGGUCGUCCAACCUGGGAGUGGGCAGGGGCAGAGCCAUGGCCAUGCAGCUAACACUAGGUCUGCAGCAAGGGGCAUUCCCUUUUUCCCCCAAAGACGCACUCAUUUCUUUGCGUUCCCAACCAACCCCCUGUGUGUGUGCGCAUCAGGGCAAGGGGUCUUCCAACCUGGGAGUGGGCAGGGGCAGAGCCAUGGCAAUGCGAGCCAAAGCUAGGGCAAGGGGUCGUCCAACUUGGGAGUGGGCAGGGGCAGAGCCGUGGCCAUGCGAGCCAAAGCUAGGUCUGCAGCAAGGGGAGCACUGGGAGCAGCACCAGAUGGGGGUGCGCCUAUGGGCGGCGGCAUGA